AGUUUGCUCACACAUUCUGGGAGAAUCCACUCUCCCUCAGUCUCCUUACCCCUCCCCUGUUCCUCAGCAAUGACCUCAAGGCAAAGACAGGGAGUGGACUCCUGCUUCCUUGCCGCAGGAGUGCAGCUAUGACGGAAGACGCUCUGGAAGCUCGGUCAGAGCUCUGAUUGGCCGAGAGAUCUAAUGAGGACCCCCCACCCCCAAGACCAGAGAAUAAGAGACCAGGACUCUGGGGACAAGGCAUCUACAGCCGAGUGGUGUGUGCUCUUCUCCAGUGGACGCUUCGCUCUGGACGUUCGCUGUGCCAACGCUCGGGUUACCAGUGGACCAUUCUUCUCUUUUUACAGAGACACCAUGGGCUUCUGGAAGUUCUUUCCCUUUCUGGCUCUCAGCAGCAUGUGGAUCCUGUGCCUGGCCAGCAGCCUCCAGGCAGCACCUCUCGGGUCAGCCUUGGAGAGCAACCUAGACCUGGCUACCCUCAGCGAACAGGAAAAGCGACUUCUGCUGGCUGCACUGGUGCAGAACUACUACGAGCUGAUGGAGGCCAGGAAGCUGGAGCAGGAGGAGCAGGAGGCUGAGAGCUCCAGCCUCCAUAGACGACAGAGGUUCCGGUGCCACGAGAGGGACUCAUACCGGUUAGACACGUUAAGAUUUUGUUUUCUCCUGAAAACUCUUGGGAAAGGAAAUGAGGAGAUGUAGAAUCGCUGACUGUGGGAGUUGGACAUGGGCCUAUGGGGAGACAUCGCCGCAUGGGCUGAAGUAGGGCAGGUAAGUGUGAAGCCAGAGGAUGGACUAGAAUGGCAGGAUGUUUCAGCAGCUUCAGGAUUUGUUCUUUCACACUGGCAAGGAGCCAUCAUUUCACAUUCGCAAGGAGAAGUUGUAAGGGUACGAGGGGUCUGGGACAGGCAGAACGGUGUCUGAGGUAGGUCCAGAGCAUCUUUAGAGGUGUGCAUGUUGUUACAGAUGCUGCCUGUGUGACCCAUGCCUGGAAACAGACCAACUCUGGUCCCGCUUCAGCACUCCCCAAGGAAAAGCAUGUUUUGACCUGCAUCCCCCUUGAGAAGUCCCUGAUAGCAUGAAAGACUGACAUGGAAUGCCAGAAAGUCCCCCCUUUCCUCCGCCCUUCCCUGCACAGUCCUGGCCCACCACACCCCCAAGCCUUCCCAAUGGAGUCUGUGUGAACUGACCUCCUACCACCCUCUGUCCCAACUUCUAGUCUCCUGACUGGUUUAACUUUCUGACUGCCCAUGGGAUCAGCUCCUGGUGGUAUGGGAAUCUAAAUACAUGAGUUCUGGGCAUGUAAGUAGAGGAGCUGAACAACCUUCCUACCUUCUCUGCUAUGGACCUUGGGCUUGAAACUCCGACAAGAAAAGAACACCGCAGGUGGCUUGCAGAGGGGCCUGAAGUGUCCAGGGUGUCACCAAGAGCUUCUGUGUCCUUCUUGGUUUCCUCUCUGGCUCCUACUUUCUCACUUGCUGCAUGUGCAUUCCUCUCUGGGUUCGAAGCUGGCAACAUCAGCUUCCUGUGGGACGGAGAAUGUCAGUGACUUGGGAUGGGAAGGGAGAGAACAGAAGUCAUAGGCCACCUUUGAGGUAAGAGACAGUGAGGGAAUCUUCUAGAGCAUUUAGAGAAUUGUUCACUUCCUGCUUCUGAAUAAGCACAUCCCUUCCAUCUCACUCAUUUUUUUUUUUUUUCUGGAAGAAUCAGAGUUGUAGUGAUCAUUGCUUUGGUCUACUUCUGAAGCUUGGGAGUGGCCAGGACCUAGGAAAGAGCUUUAGCUUCAGGUGGGCACAGGGCUUGAUGGGCCAUCUUUGUGUGCAGCUAUGGCAACAAGCAGCAUGCUAAGAACCAGAUAAGUUCUUCUGAGAUGAUGCUGCCAAUGCUGUUCUUAGCUUCAGCAAG